AUGCUACCUGCCACCAUCUACCAGUUCAGAAAACAGCGGGGAGUAAACCUCGGCUGUUGGUUUGUGCUGGAGCGCUGGAUUACGAGCCACCCAUUUCGGAAUGCUGUUGAUCCGGCACACAGCGACCUCGACAUCGCCAAGGGAAGCAAUGCCCGUGCUGUCUUGGAAGAGCAUUACGAUAGCUGGAUUACUGAGGCAGACUGGGCUUGGAUUGUAGAUCAUGGCUUCAACACGGUCAGAAUACCUAUCGGAUUCUACCAUUUGUGUGCCAUCGACCCCUCUGUUCUCGUGGACACAGACUUUGCAAACCUAGACCAUGUUUAUUCUGGCGCCUGGUCGCGCAUUCUACAAGCCAUCGAAACUGCCCACCGUUUUGAUCUCGGUGUCUUGCUUGACCUUCAUGCUGCGCCAGGCAAACAGAACCCAGACGCGCAUUCGGGCACGUGCAACCCCGCGACCUUCUUCAGCGACCACCGCAAACAACAAAAGACUCUGAACGUGAUUCGCACUCUCGCGCUGCAAGUAAAAGGGCUGCCGAAUGUGGUCGGAAUCGAGCUCCUCAACGAGCCACAUCCCACCUCUGACGACGGGCUGAAAAAGUGGUACACGGAGGCAUUCGCUGUUCUGGCGGAUGUCGGGUCUGAGCUGCCUGUCUACAUCAGCGACUGCUGGAAGCCCGAGGUAUACGCCGAGUUCAUUAAAUCCACCGAAAAAAAGCCCUCUUUAUUGGUCCUCGACCAUCACCUCUACCGAUGUUUCGCAGCAAACGACACUAGGACAUCUGUGGCAGUGCACACCAAGGCACUCUCAGAGGACAAGACGAUUGCGCGGAUCGCAGAGGCACUUGACCAAGUUGGAGCAGGCUUGGUCAUCGGCGAAUGGUCUGGCGCACUUAAUCCGGCGUCUCUCACUGGCUCCCCGAAUGAACGCAAAGAGUAUAUUGCCUCCCAGCUCGCAUUGUACACCGCUCGUUGUGGUGGUAAUUAUUUCUGGACUUACAAAAAAGCAGGGGAUCAACCUGACUAUGGAUGGUCUCUUCGUGAUGCCAUUGAUGGUGAUCAUUUUCCGUCUCGAAUGGGGACAUUGUUGGUCAAGAGUUUUGCGGGCGACCAGACACGGUGGAAACAAGCACGAGAUCGCUUUCGAGAUGCAGCCUAUGGUAUUGGCAUCCGUGAUCCAACCCACUUGAUUUACAAUUUCUUUUUUACAGCUGCCCAUGUCGCCUACUGGUCGCGGUACCCAGGCAACUACCACCAUGCUCGGUUUAGUGAAGGGUUUCUCCUUGGAUGGGACAACGCCUACGCCUUCUUGACGUUCAAUAAUAGCACCGACAAGGCAAUUUCGGAGCUCGGGUUUGUCGGGGGGUUGGCGCAUACAAAGACGAGUGACUACGGUGACGGCUUCUGGGAAUUUCGUAGGUAUUUCGCCAUCGAUGCUGUCCAUUCUUCAUGUCAUCUGGAAGGACACGGUUUCGGGCAGGGCGUGGCCGCGGCCAACAAAGAUUUCUGCGACCAUUAUUGCAGGCCAUUACACAGGGUGGGGUGGUGA